AUGAACGACCUUCGAAUGCACAAGUUAUAACAAUUCUUCUCUAAGUCGAACAUCUAUCAAAAUAAUUCGAUUUAACAAAUAGAACGGUAGAAGUUGACAAUCUCCAAUGAUGUAGAACUUAAAGAUUAAUCACAAAUUGAAGAUAAGAUGAUUCAUGUUGUUCGGCCUUAUUAAACUGAUUUUGAUAAAGAUAUGUGUAAUAGCAUUUUAAAUACUUAGAUCUCAUGGCUAAACCUCUGAUACAACCAUUAAUUUAAUUGAACAUUGUUAGUAAACCUGAAAUCAAUAAUGUGAAUCUAUCGCACUAAUUGCAUAACUAGUUAGACAAAGCAAUCAAAAGAUCUGAGAAUUUUCUAACUCUCAAAAAACAACCUAAUCACUUUCUUAAUCAAUUGAGAUAAUAAAACAAACAAAAUCAAUUAACAGAAAAGAAAUAGCAAAAUCAAGCACCUGCAAAAGAAAUCAAACAAAUCGAUUCAAAUGACUAUGAUUUCAAGGCAAUCAAUAAAAGACCACUUCCUGAUUAGACUACAGGAAUCAAACUUCCAAAAUCAAUCAAAGACAUAUAUCAGAUUGGACAAACUGCUGAUGAUCUGUAAGCCAAUGAUGAAUCCUUUCUUUUUAAAGAAGAGGCCAACUCCUAGUAGCCAGUCACUAAAAUUGACUUUGAUUGUCUCUUAAACAUAGCUGCUGGUUAAGUCGAUGAACAUACUAUGGCAGAAUUAGUUAAGAAUGUUAUUAUUGCCAAAAAGAAGGAACUUAAUAAUCCGUUGUUAAAUAGUUCCAUAGAAUAAUGCGAUGUAUCAGUUGAAGCUUAUCCUAUUAAAUAAGAUUAAUAUGUUCAGAUGUCCUCCAAAGCUUUGCCAAGUGUGUAAACUGUGUUGAAUGGAAUUCGAUUAGCCAAAAAUUAAUAUUAUUAAAGUCAAGAAAAAUUAGAAUGCAAAGCCAUCAUACGUUCACAUUUAGAAGAAUUAAUGUAAAUCUUGAUGCAAGGGUAUCCAGAAUAAUCUGGAAUGAGUUAAUCCCUUGACUUCUUACUCUCACUUAAUAAAUCAGAACUUGCCGUUCCAUACGAAGGAAUGAGCAAAUUGGAGUUACUCUACAUUUUUGUUAAUGAGUACAAGGCUCUUUAAAUGCUUGAAUAAGCUCCUUCCUCAUAAAAUCAAUUAAAUCAAACUAUAAGCAAGAGAUAUCUAAAACCUACAAAAGCAGCUUAAAUGAAGACAAUAAAAAAGAAAUGA